CGCUUGGAGUCCCACUUACGAUGUACUUGCCAUCUUAACUUCAAUACAGUCGCUUCUGGAUGAACCAAAUCCAAAUUCACCCGCAAAUAGCAUGGCGGCCCAACUCUACCUAGAGAAUCGGCGCGAGUACAGGAAACGGGUUAGGGCGUGCGUUGAGGAUAGCUGUGAGUUCAACACCGGACCCCUUAAUGAUGAUUGCUAG